CGCGACCUGCUUUUCUUCUUUUUCUCCUCGACAAGCCCCUUCCCAGCCGCCAACUUCCUCCUUGAAAAUUGGUGACAAAGCUUGGAUAUUUUCCCCUCAUUCUUGUACAAGAACAAGCUAUGGGACUUAGAACCCUCCCUCUAAAGCUGGAAACUGUCGAUUUGCUCUGUUCUUCCUUUCUAUCGGCAAGCUGUUGUGGGUGUGUAGGUCUGAAAUUUUGGGUGUUUUCGAAUUGCCGCCGGCCUCUUUCCCCUGCCAGAUUCGGUUCUGUAGCUGGAAAAUUUUGGUAUGAUGGCCACUCCUCUAAGUCCAAUUUCACCCAUUUAGCUGCUGUUUGAAUUUCCCUGUAUUAUCUGAAAUUUGCUGAAAAUUGGGGAUGAAUUUCGGUAGCAAUUAGAGCAUUUUAAGUGUGUUUUGUUGCUUAAUUCAUGUAGAAUUUAGUUGAUUUGGGCUGUUGUGAUGUUGUGUAGGAAAAAUCCCGUGGCUUAGCCAUUGUUGGCCAAAGCCAUGGGUCUCCAUUGCUUGUUCGGGAAAUUGGAAAAUUGGUAUAUAUGUGUGUGGGUAUAAUUAAACCCAUAAAUGGAAAUAAAAGCUGGUUCCUCCA